AUGGAGGAAGAAGAAAACGAAGCAAAACGACGACAGGAAAUCCAGGACCCGAAGAACAUCGUCCUUUCCAACGACCUCUCGUCCUAUCGAGUCUUCUCGGAACUCUGGAACGUGGACUGCGAGCGGUACCAUUUAAUCGCGUUACUCGGCUCGGGUUCGUACGGUACCGUGGUGAAAGCGUACGAUAACGAGCACAAAGUCUUCGUCGCGUUGAAGCGCAUCGGAAACGCGUUGUAUUCGAAACAAAACGCGAAGAGGACUCUGAGGGAAAUAGUCGCCUUGAAUAGAGUGUCGCACCCGAACGUGGCGGAACUUUUGGACGUGUUCGUGAAACCGGCGACGACGGGUGCGAGGAAAUUUAUAGGCGGGAAGUUCGUGGCGACGAGUUUGGACGUGUACUUAUCGUUCGAGUUAGCGGAAGGCGGAGACUUGUAUAACUUGCGCGGGCAGAUGGACGGCGAGGAGGUAAGGUCGCUGAUGAAACAGUUGGUGAGCGCGUGCGGGUAUUUGCACGAGAAUAGGAUUUGGCACAGGGAUUUGAAGAGCGCGAACGCGUUAUUGGGGAGUUUACGAGCGAUUGGUGAGGGCGGGAGAGUGAUUAAGAUUUGCGAUUUCGGGAGCGCGAGAGGCGCGCCGCCGAGAGGCGGGUGGAGAGACAGCGAAGAAGACAGAGGAGGGGAGAGAAACGGAGGAUGGACGUCAGAAGAAGAAGAAGAAGAAGAAGAAGAAAAAAGAGAAGAAGAAGAUGAAGAUAUGAUGCAAGACCAAGAAACAACAGAAAGGCGGAGGAAGAUUGCAUCCUCUUCGCCGUCGAAGAGAAUGAAGAAAAGCGGCACGUUUGGGAGUUCGAAUUUAACAGGCGUCGUUGCGACGCCAUGUUAUCGCGCGCCAGAGGUUGUGAUGAAUUCAGGCGUUGGAGCGUAUACCGCUGCCGUGGAUAUUUGGUCGUUAGGGUGCAUAUUUGCGGAGCUUCUGCGACGCGAAAUGCACUCCGCGGGCGCUUUGAACAAAAAGUUGCAAGUGCAACCGCUCUUUCAAUUCGACGACGAGUUCGUGGUGUUCCAAACCCCUAAAACGUACGAACAGAUUGAAAGCGACGACAGUCGACGUUCCAUGCAGUUGGACAAGUAUUUCGAUACGAUUGGCACGCCUGGUUGGUUUGAUAUUGAAAGUUUACCCGCGGAGAAAUGGCGUCGAUACUUGUCAAAAAUGACCGGACGGGCCGGGAUGUUGCACCAAAUAUUUUCCGGCGUAGAUGCAGACGCGCUCGAUUUACUCACGCGCAUGCUCGCGUUCGACCCGAGACGCCGACCGACGUGUGAGGAGAUUGCGCACCACGCGUACUUUCAAAAAGCGUUUGAAACUGGUGGUGCGCCGCACGAAAACCAAGCCAUGUUGCUGGAACAACAGAGGAGGAGGCGACAUCAGUUGGCCACUGAAAACGUCUCGAAAAUUACCCUCGGCGACGGCCCUCCGGAGAAUCAGCAACGGCAACAACAGGAGCUCGUGUUCACGCCAAUCUCGGAAGCUAUUCCGGAAAUCUCCCCUCGCUCGCGCUCACAAAACAAAAGCAAACGUUUUUGUGAUCUUCGUCACCCGGGCGAUGCCCUCGCCGCGCUCGAGCGUGCCUUUGAAACUGCCUCUUUCCAAGCGGAUACGGAAAAUAACGGCGACUGGUCGGAAAUCUUCAAAAAACUCUUCGAAGACGAAAUCGAAUUCGGCACGCGGGAGAAACAAAAACGGUUCAACCGCUCCUACAGUAACAGAGACCUCUUCAACCAGCGGUUUUUAGGCGCUGGAGACAGCACCGACACGCCCGACCGCUCGCUCACCGCCAUGUUCCCCUCCAUCUUCCGCGGUCUCGCCGCCAAAGAAUACACCGGCGAAGCCGAACGCAAACCCGAAGACGAAGCCGAAGACGCCAACGUCGGCGUCCACACCUCCCGGUUCUACGAGCGCGACAGGAUGGCCGAUUGGACGCCCCAAAUGCAGUGCGCGGAAGACAACGUCAUGGUAUCCGAUGCCGGAGAAGACGGUGGCGGUGGUCGACUCACGCCUUCGCAGCAAAAAUCUUUCGGCGUGUGGGGCGUGAGCGUCGGCGGGAGUAAUCAGCAAGAGAAAGACGCGCUCGCAAAGCAGCAGCAAAGAUAA